AUGGCGCUGCGGUCGCUGACGAGACGGAUGAAAGAGGCUGGCCGUCUGCGCCAGUGGGAGGCAUCGCUGAGCCUCUUCGUACAGGCGCUGGAGCACAACGCAGAUGCCACGGCUUUCAACACGGCCAUGGGUUCCUGCGUCGCUGCCAGGAAGUGGGCCGUUGCCCUGGACAUCUUUGGGCAGAUGGAGCUCCGGAAGGUCGAUGCCAACAAGCAAGUGUUGAGUACAGUCCUGCGGGCGUACAGCGAGGGUUCCCACUGGCAGCUCGCAUUGGCAUCGUUGGCUGCGAUUGCUGCAGACGGCAAGGCAGACGAGGUGACUUUUCAGGUCUGCAUGGUCGGCUGCGGGCACGCGCGGGCCUGGGCCUUGGCCCUUCUCCUGUUCCAGGACAUGGACAGCUUCAACGUCAAGCAAACGACAGCAGGCUGCAACGCCGCCCUGGCUGCGUGCGAGAAAGGCCACGUUUGGGAGAGCGCUCUCCGGUUGCUUGACUUCGAGGAUCUGGUGGACACUCCGAGCUACAACUCGGCCAUCAGCGCGUGUGGCAAGGGGAGGCAAUGGAGAUGGGCACUCGUCUUGGAGGGCAACAUGGUGGAGAAGGAGCUGGUCCCUGACACCAUCACCCAGAACUCGCUGGUGACUGCCUUGGAGCGUGGGGCGCAGUGGCAGCGGGCUCUGAGGGUGAUCGCAGCAGCUCAGGUGCCGAGCAACGUGGCUUACAAUGCUGCAAUCAGUGCCUGUGGUUCGAGCAUCAUGUGGCGGCAUGCCCUGCGACUCCUGCGCGAGCUCUGCCAGCGACAGGGCGCCGGCCUCGUCGCUUUCAACGCGGCGAUGACGUCCUGUGCCAAGGGCCGGCGUGUCGGAGAGGCCCUGCAGCUCUUUGACGAGAUUCAGGCGACGGACCUUCAGCCGGACAUUGUCAGCUUCGGGGCAGCGCUGACGGCGUGUGAGAAGGGUGGUCUCUGGGAAGAGGCCAUCCACAUCCUGGAGGUCCGGCUCAAGGCUGCAAAGGUGAAACCCAAUGUGGUGUUGCUGAAUGCGGUUGCCAGCGCUUGCGAAAAAGGCCGCCACUGGCCUGGAGCGCUUUGGAUUCUGCACCAGGCAGCAUGUCGACACCGCCUUCGCCCCGACGGCACCACGAUCAAUGCAGCUAUGGCUGCCUGCCUUCGUGGCGAGGAGUGGCCCCGAGCCUUGGCUCUCUUCGCGGAGAUGCGUCGGCUCUCGCUGGCUUCCCUGACGUCGUACUCGGAAGGGCUUCUCAGUCUGCAGCAGGCAAGGCGAUGGGAGGAUGCGCUGUUGCUGCUAGAUGAGAUGUUCAAAGUCCACCUGACGCCGGACUUGAAGGCUUUUGGAGCUGCCUUGGGCGCCUGUGCCCUAGCCGGGUCUUGGCAGCAGGCCUGUCGUCUCCUGUCGAAGUGCCGCGACCUCACCGGUGUUCCGGCGGACGCCGUGGCCGUGCUCUUGACCGUGGCCUCGGCAAGCCUCGUGACGCUCCUGUUCGGAGCUCUUGGCCAUCAACUACAGCGCGUAGUUGCACGAAGCAUAGCUGAAGGUAACCCGUUUGGUGCCCCAGCAUCUGCCGCUAACAUUUUGGAGGCAAUCGACGGCUCCGUCACGGCCACGAUGGUCAAGAGCAGAGGGGAUCCUUCUGAGGGGCUCCGCGCACGGCGGACGACCCCACGAGCUUUGUGGCAAAUAGUUUAUGCGCCAACGCUGCAUCAUUUCAAGGACAUGAUGUUCUCCUGUCAUGGGGCCGGUCAACGAAAUCUGGUCUUGCAGCAAGAGUGGUCAUCCUUCGAAGCUUUACCUUGCCGGGAGGCGGUCUUUCUGCUUGGCUUCUGCCGGCCUCAUCCAAGAUGCGCAAAGCCGUCAGGCAGAUCCGAGCCACGCGGAGCUGCCCAACACCGGGAGAAAAGCCGAUUCUUGCUUCAGAGAGCUGAGCCGAUUGAGAUCGAACGAGUCUGCUUGCGAUUGAGUUGGGAGUUUCCGAGGAUAGGGGACCCCAAUAUAGCCGCCAAACCAGUCGGAUCCUUACUUUAA